AUGGAGGAAGAAAACGACAAGAACCCGGAGACAGAUGUAGCUCCGGCCGUAAUAUCUGUUCACCCGACCCAUAAGUUUGUUUCAGCUGCCGUUGGGUCGGACCUGAGAGUCUUCAAUUUGCAGGAGGGUUGUGUAGUUACAUUGACAGAUGAAUCAGGAGGCCAUAAGGACUCAAUUCGCGCUAUUCGUUAUAGCGCAAAUGGGCAGCUCUUUAUAUCUGCUGGAGAUGAUAAGCUUGUGAAGAUUUGGGCCACUGAUUCUUGGCGUUGUAUUUAUUCUGUGGCUUCGGAAAAGAGAGUGAGUGCUGUUGCUAUAAGUAACGAUGGGAUGUUUGUUUGUUUUGCGGAUAAAUUUGGAGUUGUGUAUGUUGUGGAUAUAGAAGAUCACAAUGUGGAAGAACUAGUUCCUGUUAUUAAGAAGGGCGUUCCCAUUCUUUCCCACUAUUGUAGCAUAAUUACUAGACUGGAAUUUUCACCAGAUGGACGAUUCAUUGUUAGUGCUGAUCGAGACUUUAAAAUUCGUGUUACUGUCUUUCCAAAGAAUCCAGUAAAUGGAGCUCAUGAAAUACAGAGCUUUUGCCUUGGUCACACAGAUUCUUAUAAAUCGCGAGUGAGUAAAAUAUCUGGUUACCCAGUAACCCCAAUAAAUUACCUUACUUCUGUCUGGUCUUCAGAAUUUGAGGCAGAAAUUAUAGAUUUUAAUGGAAAAGAAGAGGAGAUCUUGCCUGCUGUCACUGAUUUAUGUGCGACCCCUGAUGGUUCACUAGUUGCAGUAGCCAUUCAGAGCUUGUCUGGAGUAUUGCUGUUAAGAUGCAACCAAUCCACCAGAACUCUAUCUGUUGCCAAAGUCGUUUCCAUCCCAGGAGAGACUUUCAUUCCCACUAGCAUAGGGGCCGCUUCUUCAUCCCCAGUGUUAUGGAUGGCCAUGGGUGCAUCCAGCUUACACGUUUCUGAAUCUGUAUCUUUGGCUCGUGUGAGGGGCAUCUCGGGUUUUAGUACAAGCGCUUCUGAGUCUUUAGACCACAACACGUCAGUCUUGGAAGAUGCAGAAAUACCUGGAGGGGAGUCGCUCCUUCAAACCCUUCAAGGGAAAUUGUCAAUCGGAAAAGAAGCUUUUUCAGCUGCUGCAGAAGCUGUGAAAACUGCAAUGCGCAAUUUGUUAAUCAAGAAGCAGUAUUCAGCAGAGAGACGAGAAUUCAGAAAGAGAGGCAGAAACGAUGUGAAAAGCAAACAAUAG